AUGCAGACCGCCUCAACCGACACGCCAAUCGCGCAUUCACGGUCUCUGGUGGUCACCCGCCAUCGGUCCGGUCAGCUAGCUCCCACCCUCGACCAACUGAAGAACCUCGCCGCGAGCAAGGACCUGACCCUCUCGCAGGCCCUCACGGCGACCGAACCUCUCCUUCGUCUUCGCCAUACCUUUAUCGAUGAUGCACGCCCUCAAACUGCAAAAGAUGCCUUCCGACAUCUCCAGGGUUUCCAGGUCCUGCUGGGGCUCGCGGAGCAACUUGCUGAGCUAUAUGAUCCUCAGAGCCUCUCCAAAGAGGACAGAAAGAGCUUGCUUGGAGUCUACAAGGAUGUUGUCGGAGUCGUGGCCGAAGGAUUGAAGGAACAUUUUGGAAACAAAAGAUAUUUCGCCCGCAGGAUUACCGGCGGCGGGACUGCUUGUCUGGAACGGACCCUCGCUGUGCUGGUUGGGAAGAUAGGGGAUACCGAAGUCGAUUCACAGCAAUUGUACGGAGCCAUCCUGGCCGCCGCAUUGUGCCAGGAAGCCGUAGCGGGGAUUUUUGCAGCUCUCAACGGCAAAAUCCCGCAGCCGCAGGGCACGGAUUCGGUAUCCCCCAAGGACAUCCGGAUUGCCGUCGAUCAAUUCAUGGGCUCUGCCGAAACUGUGGAGGUCGCAGAGCUGCUCGGCCCGUUACUCCGCAUUUGGGUAACACACUCUGUGACACCUGGAAAUAACGGCCUUCGUUUGGCUAUCCCCGCAUGUCUUUGUCAAUUGGCUUCCCAAUCUCGCCGGAACGUUGUAGCUUUGCAUGCCACCGGGAUGCUGACCUCAAUCCUCCCGCUCUUGUUCGAUGACGGCAGGUCCGACACCGAAAGAGCUCUUUAUCAGGAUCUGGCUCGGUAUCUUAGUGUCCAAGGUAUGAGUAGCUUGGACGAUGCCGUUGCCCUUUACCGACGUGCGCACGAUAGUCCCCAGGUUCUUCAGUUCCUACUCUCCGCGCUCAAACUUUCCAAAGAGCCCCCUUCAAUACAGUUCGACCUCUCUCUACAUGGGUUCUGCUCUGUAGAGCUCGCAACCUUGGGUCGACCAUUCCCACCAAGCACAUCGGCUGGCUACACUUUGUCCGCUUGGGUGCGCUUUGACGAGUUCGACUCAAACACUCAUACUACAAUAUUUGGAGCAUUUGAUGCUAGCCAAACUUGUUUCAUCCUAGCUUAUCUGGAGAAGGACACACGCAACUUCAUUUUGCAAACCGCGAUUCGUGGCCCGCGCCCCAGCGUACGCUUCAAGUCUGCCAAGUUCGAGCCAGAUCGCUGGUACCAUAUCUGCCUCAUUCAUAGACGUCCAAAGCCCACAUCCUCGUCCAAAGCAUCCCUCUUUAUAGAUGGCGAAUUCUCGGAGCAGUUGAAGAUUGAUUAUCCUUCAGUUCCAACUAGUAAUCACCCAAGCCGACCACCACGCAUCCAGGCCUUUUUCGGAACCCCCCAGGAUCUUGCAAUGAGACUUGGUAAAGGGGUUUCCUCGUCUCGCUGGUCACUUGCAAAUGGAAUUUUGUUCGAUGAGGCGUUCAGCGAUGACAUGGUGGCUGUAUUUUACAAUCUCGGUCCGCGCUACUAUGGUAACUUCCAGGACUGCCUAGGAUCUUUCCAGACGUACAAAGCAUCUGCCACUCUGAACUUGCGGAAUGAACAUCUCCAUCCCGGCAAAGAGGAGAGCUCAGAUAUCGUUACUGCUAUUCGACGGCGAGCAAGUAACCUUGUUCGCGAGAGCUCAAUUCUGAUCAAUGUUUCCCCUGUGGCUGUUCUUGACGACGAUGACAGCAACAACGUGGACAAGUCACAGCUUAUCAAAUGCUUGUCCAAACAAGCAGCCAAGUCCCUGCAGCAGCUAACCAAGGCCGGAGGUAAUGCCGUAGCGGUAAAUGGAGCCACUCCUGCGAUCAACGACGGCUUGACCCAGCCUCAAGGAGUAGGAAUUCUGACAGGCGAUCCAGUCGUUGAAGUUCCUCGAUCGCUGGAUGACGCUAGCUGGUGUUUGGGUGGCUGUGCUCCGGUGCAUCUCAGUCUCAUCCAAGCUGCUGACACUGCCGAGAAUAUACGGAAUGCUGUGGAAGCACUCUACGAAGCUGUGCGGGAUAAUUGGCGGAAUAGUGAGGCGAUGGAGAGGGAUAACGGAUAUGGCAUCCUCGCUGUACAACUCCGGGAGAAAUUGGGCUAUCAGUUUGGCACAUCAACCACACCAAACAAGACUUCCCUGAUUGCGUCAACCGAAGAACAGAAUUCUUUGACCCUUGAGCUCCUCCGACUCACUCUUGCAUUUGUUGGCUAUGACUUUGACCGUCCCAAUCAUUCCAUCAUCACGAAUCCUCUCGCCUACAGGAUAUUGCUUGUCGACAUGGAUGUCUGGCGAUUUGGAGAUAAACCUGUCAUGGAUCUAUACUAUUCACAAUUUCGAACAUUUGCUACCGAGAGCAACUACCGUCGAUUCAAUGCCAAGCGACUCGGCCGCAUGCGGGGGGAACUGACACAAGACACUCUUCAACCUUGUCUGUCCGCCUUUCGGUCCUUGGUUGACAGUAGUCCAUCCCCUGAUCUCCUUCGAUCGCUGGCUUUGUCUAUUACUUAUACCCUCCACAAGCCUAGCCCAUCUGCCGCACUGAAGAAAAAGAAGAGUCUUCGGUUUGUGGGAGCUUCAUCUCGACCGGGCUCCUCAAAGUCAGACUCGGAGAAGUUCAUCGCAAAUAUUCCCCUGGGAAUCGAGAUGCUGCGAUUGUAUUCCAAUAUUCUCUGCAACCCUCUUGAUCCGACGCCUCUGAAGAAGUUCGCCAAGGCGGUCACCAAUAAGUGGCUCUUGUACCUCGCUUGUGAAGAUGAGCCCGAAGUCGUUACACUCGCUGUCAAGAUUCUCGCGAGGUUACUCAUUGUCCAUGGAAGCAGCUACAGCAAGAAAUUUGCCGACAAGAACGCAGGGUACACGAUUCUGGAACAUCACCUGAAACGAUGGUGGAAUAUUCCAUCUAUCUGGAUCAUCUGCCUGUCUAUCCUUUUCGGACAAGAUGUUGCUCGUCUGAAUCUUGAUAAACCUUUCAACGCACCUGCCCUCCUCAACAUGUUCCUGGCAGAUGGCGAGCUCCGCAUUGCAUUUCCCGAGAUGCUCCCUGUCAUCAUGGCAAUGCUAAAGGGCCGGAUCGAAACAAAUAAUAUCUACUGGUGA